CAUCAUUAGAGUCGAAUAGACAAAAUAGGAAUCCAUGGCUUACACCCACUAUUACCUUUUUCACCAUCUAUAUGACGGCGCAUAUCGUUCGGAUGCAUUUUGCGUCCGUCCAGUCAUGGUCAACCUCUGGGGCCGCCUGGACCGUGUAAGGGUAUGAUGAACGAUUCAACGAUACGAGGACCUGUUUCUCAGCCGGACCAGGUAGCUGGAUGCUCUACCGUUUUAGCAUAAAAUGACAAGCCUUGAGGAGCAAUACUAUCCACGGUAGAGGUCGCUACACAACCUGAUAAGUUCAUUCAGCGGCAGGGUUGUCAGCCCGGAAUUGUUGACUGAUACAGCGGUCCACCACCUGGUGGGCAGUGAGUGGCGCCGCAGAUAUAUUUGAUCUCCCCUGUCUAUAUGUCUAUGUCGGACCGCUGCGCGGCUCCAAGCUCGAAACAUAUCGUGCAGGAAAAGGCCUCGCUGCUGCGGAAUGGUGAUCUGGAUCCCGGUAUGCCUUUUGCGGACGGGGCUGCAUCAACCGUCGCCUCUGGCCUGUCUGCUCGUGCCUUCAUCUGGUUUUUGAUGUCUCCCUCUGAUGCUGUGUACCCCGGCCAGCAGAGGGCGCAAGGAUCAUCUUUGCCCAAUCUUCCUUCAUUCAGCUCUAUUGUGUUUGUCGGGCACACUAGGGGUCCUUCGGGGUCGAUCCAGUGGAACUCUACAUGUUCCGGAUCGCCAAUCAUUUCAGCCCAGGCUCUGGCGAAACCAAGCCAUCAUGCCGUCUUUUCAUCAAAGCAAAUUGCCAAUACGUCUCAUUUCCUAAAUCCUAAGCUCUGCAGAGAUAUUCUGGUUCCUGGAAGCAAUGCUCCCGGAUGGGUGCCCGUGUCCUUAAUAAUCCAUGCUCGCAUCACUGACUUCAUUUUAAAACUGGGGUUGCGUCGUCCGGGACCUCCUCCAAUUGGCACAGGCAGAACUGCUCCUAGUCUGGCCAUUUUUUCCUUUUUCUCCAAUAGAUGCAUUUCUACCCUCGUCACGGAGUACCAUAUGUCAAUAUCGGUUCCAGUGCCGCUCAGUCGUCGGCUUGGUCACUGCCGUACGUUCGGCAAGCUGCUCCUUGAAGCUGACUGCAGUCUGUACCCACCACCAUCUGCCUGUCAUCUGGAUCCAGAGAUCCGAGAGAUAUUCUGCAAGGCUUGCUUUUACCGCCAUUCCCUGUCAAAUGAUGGAACACUGCCCGUCUCGUGCAUCACUCCAAGCGCCGCAUUGCGGUUCAGCGCCUGUGUCCGUGGGUCAAUCGCACCGCACCAAGGGCCAGUAGCGCUUGAUGUGGCGAUCGGGCUUGUCGGCACCAGUUCAUCUCAUUCCCCAUUCAUCCUUUCCUACGUCUCCAAGGAUCCUCCCCACCGCCUUAAUCAGUCUGCCGGAUUCGCCAAUAUACCAUCGUCAGCCACUCCGCGCCGUUCAGUCCUCCAAGGCCUGCCAACCCACCCCCCGACACGGGGAAUCCCUCGAACCUGGGACUUUAUCGAUACGGCUCAACCGUCAUCCGCUCCCAUCCACACGCAG